UAUGGCAUCCAUGGGGCGUGGUUGUAUCUCUUACACUCCUCGACUUGGUCAUUUGGAUCUGCUAAAAUACGCCUGAUCCAUAUGGGCCUCCUCGACCACUUGUGGGACGACACCGUCGCCGGCCCAAGGCCCGAUAACGGUCUCGGCAAGCUCCGAAAACACCACACCUUCACUUUCCGACCUACCUCCGGCAAGGAAUCGGAGGGUGGGAGCGUGAGAUCGUACGGUGACGAAUCGUCGGAGGAAGCGAUGAGAGUAACGCGUAGUAUCAUGAUCGUGAAACCGCCCGGUUACCAGAGUGGAUCGCCUCCGGUUUCUCCUGCCGGUUCGACUCCUCCGGUUUCUCCGUUUUCCGGUAAGGAGGAAAAGAUUCGUUUCGGUUUCGAAGAAGGUCGGCAUCAGAUGCGUACGAGAAGAGAGAGCAGAACUGAUCAAGCACUUCUCCUCCUUUCGAUGUGUGAUAAAUGAAUCGCAUGCAUGCGUUUGCUCUCGGGAUAUGAUGUAGCAACCUUUUGGGCUUAAUUUGCUGUAUUCAUUUUUGUUUAGUCUUUUGUGUGCAUGUAUCAAUGAGUUGAGGUUGUGCUGCAGUGCACGCGAUAUAUGUAGCUUUUAGUUAAGUCUCUGCUUAGGUGAACUGCGUAGUGGUUGGGAAAUUGUAAGUAAGAGAGUGUAAUGGGUAGAGGAGCGGUGUAUCUUAUUAUCUAUCUGUAUAUUUACAAUUAAUAAGCCUUUACUGCGUUUGUUCAUUCUGUUGGUGGUGUUCAAAUUCAAAUAAAUAAAAAAGCUUGCUGAAUCACAAGUUGGUAA